AUGUACACCAAAACGACCUUCGCUUCGACGCUCCUCACCGGCCUGGUGGCAGCUGCACCAGCGCCUCAGGCCCCUUCGGGAUACGCCUCAGGCUAUGCCUCAGCAUCAUCAUCGUUAGCAGCUCCUGCUGGCAGCGCCUCCGCCGCGGCCGUGAGCCAGGCUGGCUAUGUCUCUGGCUACACGAACGCCAAUGCCCCGUUCGCCGACUACUCGCCAACCCCAUUGUCGAACUUGGUCUCCAGCUUCACAACAGACUCGCAGAUCUCCGCGAUCCAGACCGAAGCGCCAUCGCCAGGACAGCCAGGUGCUGCAGACACCUUGCGAUCCGAUGGCUCGGACUUGACUGGUCCAACCUCGCAUGGCCCGUACAAGGGGACACCCACGACCACUGGCGCAGUGUCGAACAACCCAGCCAACGCCACCAUCCCAGCGUUGCCACCAAAUCCAACUGCGACCUACUACAACACCGACGGUGAGCUGCAGCACCAGCAGCCGAUCCCCUACACUCCAUACGGCGGCCUCGGCACCAACGGCACCGAGCCGCGCUACAUGGUCAACAGCGACUUCGACUAUGAGUCCAUCAUGCUGGGACUUUACCAGGAGUGGAUCGAGCUGGACAGCUUCAACAACGGUGUUGCCCUUUUCUCGGAUGAGGACUUCAUCGCGGCCGGCCUAACUCCAGAGGAUAGGUCGAUGAUCCAAUUCAUGGCACAGCAAGAGGAGGGUCACGCCACCCUUCUGUCCAACAUGCUCGGCGAGACUGCCGCCCCACAGUGCACUUACAACUACCCCUUCACCAACGUGCGCGAGUUCGUGGACUUCCAGCAGAUUCUGACCAGGUACGGCGAGUCCGGUGUGUGGGGUUUCAUUAACCACCUCGACUCUCGCGAGGUUGGCCAGCUGCUCGCACAGUCUAUCGCCACCGAGGCUAGGCAGGAGAUGAUCUUCCGCCAGAUGUCCGGUCUUCACCCAAUGCCCGUCUGGUUUGAGACUGGCAUUCCGCAGUCGUGGGCCUGGACUUUCCUUGCCCCAUACAUCAGCUCUUGUCCCGAGGGCACUACUCGUCUCGCAUGGCAGAACUUCCCAGCCCUGCACGUGGCGAACCAAGCGAACAUCAACCGCAUCUCUCCCAACGACACUGCCGACUGGGAGCGCGUUGGCAACCGCACCUCCGACCCAGCCAUCACCGACAUCCCCAAGAACGAGAGCUGCUUGUACACCGACGAGACUGGCUACUCGUGCCGCGGCGCCAUUUCGCACAACCGCUCGGAGCCGCUGUCGUUCGCCGGCAAGCAGGUCCGCCUUGAGUGGGACACUCCAGGUCAGCCUGUGGGCCCCAACAUGAGCUACGUCACCGCAGCAGGUGGUGUUGCCGGCGAGCCUGCGUACGUCGCUUGGGUCGCUCAGCUGAACUUGACAUACACCCCUCUCACCGUCACUGGUCCGAACUCGGGCUAUACCUAUCAGCCCGCUGGUGAGGUGUACGAGAGCAAGGAGAUUGUUAAUGGCACCAUGUUCAUUGCUUUGACUGACACUGAUCUUUACCUCACGCCAUUCAACCUGUCGAUGAUGAAUCCGCACAUCUCGGCGCUGGGCAUCUACCAGGCUGGUUAG